UUUUUUUCUUUUAUCAUUCAGUCUUCGUUCAGUCGCCAUACUAUUCUUGUCUCAUUCGUGAAACGUUUCCAUCUACUGAUAGAUAACAAAGUUUACUACUUUAGACCUUUAGAGCAAUAGUUACUUUCAAGAGGAUUAUUAAGAGGUGAUCAAACGUAGUUAAUAUUUGUGUUUUUGAGAAGCCAUAAAGAGCACUGAAACCGUAUAAAAAAAAUAUCGUGAAAAUGUGGCUCUUUCAAAGUCAAUGCACCAGUAAAACUCGUCUCGUAGGCAAAACAGUGGUUAUAACAGGAGCGAAUACUGGAAUUGGCAAGGAAACAGCUAGAGAUCUUUACAGAAGAGGUGCAAGGAUAAUUUUGGCCUGUCGAAAUAUACAAAAAGCCAACGAUGCACUUGAAGAUAUUAAAAACAAUCCACCCUCGAAAGGAGACAGGGAGCAAUUUCAAGGUAAUCCAGGUGAGCUCAUUAUUUAUCGAUUGGAUCUCUCUAGUCUAAAGAGUGUGAAAGAAUGCGCAAGAAACUUGUUAAUGAAGGAAUCGGCUAUUCAUCUACUAAUAAAUAACGCUGGCGUAAUGAUGUGUCCGCAAGAAACAACCGAAGAUGGAUUCGAGUUACAGCUACAAACAAACUAUAUCGGCCACUUUCUUUUAACGCUUCUACUGCUGCCAAAAAUGCAGUCUUCUGCUCCUGGUUGUAGGAUACUAAAUGUGUCGUCGAUUCUUCACUUGUUUGGUGCUAUACAUGAUGAUCUAAAUUUGAAGGAAUCAUAUACUCCUAUGAAGGCCUAUAUGCAAAGUAAACUGGCAAAUAUAUUGUUCACCAAGGAACUCGCUCGUCGACUAAAAGAAGCAAACAUUAAUGGAAUAAACGUAUAUUCUUUGCACCCUGGCGUUAUAACGACAGAAAUAAGUCGACAUUUUAGUACAACAAUAUUUCCAGGUGCGAGCACUGCUUUUCAAUUAAUUUUGCGACCAUUUCUAAAAAAUUCUGAAGAGGGUGCACAAACGACGAUAUAUUGUUCGGUGGAUAAAAAAGCAGCUGACGAGACUGGUCUCUAUUACAAAGAAUGCGGAGUUGCGACCCCACAAUGGCGUGCGCAGGAUGAUCAAAUUGCCAAAGACUUAUGGGACCAAACCUGUCGGCUUCUGCAUUUGGAAUGUGACGAAGAUUUUGCCAAGUUUUUGAGAACCGUUUCUCGUCAAAUUGCUGAGUGAUAUAUGAAUGCUGAAUUAAUGAUAUAAAUUUAUAGCUUAAAAAUUAUUGUUGGUGUAAUGUACAAGUAUGUCAAAAAUUAAAUAUAAAUGUUUGAUAU